GAGGUCGCGGCCCCGCCUCUCCCCUCCUCCCCUUGCACACGGAAGCUCAGUGGCCCCCAUGCCAGGAUGUCCGACGCCUGGGUCCCCGGCCUCGUAUUCCCCUUGCUGCUCGGCCUGCUGGCCGGCCUCCAACAGGCUGCAGCCAAAUGUAGCCCCUUCCACACCUGCUCCCAAGGAUCAAAAUGCUGUGGUGACAACUGCUGCCAGGAGCACGAGAUCUUCUCUGGCCCCUUAAGGAUCUUCGUCAUCAUCUUCCUGAUCAUCCUGCCUCUCCUGUGCAUCUGUGGCCUGGCCAAGCGCUUCUGUCGCAACUGCAGAGAGCCAGAGCAGGACACCCCAAUGGAUCACGAGAGGCUUCCAGAACAGCCCUCCAUUGCCUCCCCAGAAAGGGUUAGGGUGUCCACCUUUGGGGCCCCACCCCCCUACAGCGAGAUUAUUCUGAAGCCUGUCCUGGACCUGCCUCCCACAGAGCCCCCCCCUCCCUACAGCUUCAGGCCUGAAGAGCAUGCUGGGGUGCAAAGGGGCAUCGACAACCCAGCCUUCUGAGCCACCUCCUGCCUGGAGUCCUGCCGUCAGCCACCUCCUCCCCAACGCCUCCUGGAUCAAGCCAGAGACUCCUGGGACCCCUGGAAUGCCCACCCCCCCCAUCCUGCCACGCCUCUGGCCUUUCUUGGAUUUAACUUAUUGCUUUUCCUGCCCUGUUCCGUCCCAGCUGCCUCUCUUGUCCUGAGGGCUGGGCUGGCACAACAGCAUCCACCCCCCACCUCCAGCCCAAGCUAGAGGCUGCCAGGAGGAAACUGUCAACAGUUGGAGGUGCCCGACAGUGGAAUGGGCUACGCCGAGGAGUGGCGAGAGCCCCGUUUCUGGAGGUAUACAAAUCUUGACUGGACAGCCGGCCCUGAGAUAUUAUGGAGGGCAUUUCUGUACCUAUGGGAGAUGGGACUGGAUGAGCUCUGAGCCAUUUUCCAAUUCUACCUGAGUGGAGAAGACCCCAUUGUACCACUCCCCACAACACGUGUACUCACUAAAUUUUAGCUGAUUGUU